UGACAACAAGAUGCCGCUGGUGGAGAAGUACCUGACUGACGGAGGAAACCCCAAUGCAGCCGACCAUUUCCAGAGGACAUCGCUGCACAAAGCCUCGUUCAAAGGACACGUGGACGUCAUGAAGAGACUCCUGGAGGCCGGAGCCACCAUCGACAAAAAAGACAAGCUGGAGGCCACAGCGGUGCACUGGGCCUGCAGAGGAGGCAGCCUGCCGGCCCUGCAGCUCCUCAUGGACCAGGGGGCAAAGGUCACCUACAGAGACAAGUUGAACAGCACUCCUCUCCAUGUCGCUGUGCGGACCGGACACUGUGAGUGCGCCGAGCAUCUGAUCCACUGCGGAGCCGACGUCAACGCCAAGGACAGGGACGGAGACACGCCCAUGCACGACGCUGUGAGAAUAAACAGAUUCAAGAUGAUCAAGCUGCUGAUGAUGUACGGAGCCAGUCUCUCCACAAAGAACUCUGAUGGAAAAACCCCUCUGGAGACUCUGAAUUCAUGGCAGAACGGCGCCAAGAGCCUCCUGUGUAACUUCAGCCAGGAGAAACCCGAUGCAGUAACACAUUCCUAAAAACAAAAUCCAACAUGAGAUUCAACCCGUGGAUCGGAUGGAGUGAAGCACCCAAGUCUUUCUUUUAAUAUCUGGUAAUCCGGCGAGGCUGUGCCAAAUGUUCGCUUUCAAACGGCCUACGGUGUUGACUGAUGGAUAUUAAUACCCUCAGGGAGUGGUCAUAAAUCUAAAGCUCACUCUAAAGCGGGUAUUGUGGGAAACCACAAAUCUAAUCAGGAUGUUGUUAAUGCUGUGAUUGAUAGCACUGAUAGAUUCAAAUGU